AUGUCCCUUCUGCGCAAACAAUCUGAUCCAACUACCUCUACUUCUAUCUUUGCAACUUACCUCACCCAGUCCCUCCCCUUCCGCCGCAAAUCACGCCAGUCCAGCACCGACAGCAACAUCUCUACAUAUUCAGCUGCAUCUCAAGCCUCUGUCGAAACAUCGUCUUCAAACCCAUUCGUUCGGUGCCUGACCCCAAACCCAAUCCCUGUCUCCUCUAGCUCCUCCGCUAUCGCCCCUCCUGACGGCAAGUUCCUUCAUGGCCAUACAUCGCACAUCCAUUGUGCCAAGUGUUCAACGGACCUAUGCCUGACGUCUCAGAUCAUCAGUAAGGGAUUCACCGGUCGGCAUGGUAGAGCGCUCCUCGUUCAAGGAAACCCCACCCACAUCCAGUCCAACACGGCAGCUCUACCGAACACUUAUCAGAACAAAAACAUUCCUCGCAACCUGGUCACAGGCCAGCAUAUCGUGAGUGAUAUCUCCUGCCAAAUCUGUGGGAGCACACUGGGCUGGAAAUAUGUCGAGGCGAGUGAGGAGAGCCAGAAGUACAAGGUUGGCAAAUUCAUCCUCGAAACCAAACGGGUCCGCGUCGGCGUUUCUUGGGAGAACGACGAUAGCGCCGGCCUUGGUGCUCACACCUACGAUGAGGUUCUACCACUCCCGCCACGAGACUUGAAAAGACUGGUUGACAACCCAUCCAAAUCCGACCAGGAAGUAGAGUUUGAUUCGCAAGAUGAAGAUGAAUGUGAAGAUAUUUUCGCAGGAGUCUGGAGCCCUCAGCUUGCUGCCAAGAGACGUCAGAGGAAACGCGAACGCUUCGGGAGACGACCAGUUGGAGGUAGCAUGAGGAGUUAUGGUGCUGCCAGCAGUACUGAUACGCUAUCUUGA